CGGCGGCUGCCCCGGGGCCGGGGCCGGGGCCGCGAGUGCCCGGGACGCCGGGAGCCGCACGAGUCCCGGGACGGCGGCCGGAGGAUGGGUUGCAAGAAGUCCAAGGAAGCUGGGGUCCAGGAGAAGGAAAUAGAAGCGGAGCUGGGUCCCGAGCCCCAGCAGGGCCGCUAUGUGCAAGACCCCACGUCCGCCAACAAGAGGAGCGAUCCCGCUGCCGGCGCGGCAGCGCGCCAGCCCGCGGAUGGCAACGGCGUGGUGCUGGCGCUCUACGACUAUGAGGCCAUGCACGCCGAGGACCUCGGCUUCCAGAAGGGAGAGCGGCUCAGGGUCCUGGAGGAGUCGGGAGAGUGGUGGAGAGCCCAGUCGCUGGCCACGGGGCGCGAAGGCUUCAUCCCCAGCAACUACGUCGCCCGAGCCGACUCGCUGGAGACGGAAGAGUGGUUUUUCAAGGGCAUCAGCCGGAAGGAUGCCGAGCGGCAGCUCCUCAGCCCUGGGAACGCGGUAGGAUCCUUCAUGCUACGGGACAGCGAGACGAGCAGAGGCUGCUACUCCCUGUCGGUGCGGGACGGGGACGACGCGCAGGGGGGCACCGUGAAGCAUUACAAGAUCCGGACGCUGGAUAGCGGCGGCUUCUACAUCUCCCCGCGGAGCAGCUUCGACACGCUGCAGGAGCUGGUGGAGCACUACAAGGGCCAGAGCGACGGGCUGUGCCAGAAGCUCACCUGCCCCUGCCGCGUGCCGCAGCCGCAGAAGCCCUGGGAGAAGGACGCCUGGGAGAUUCCUCGGGAGUCGCUCAAGCUGGAGAAGAAGCUGGGAGCCGGGCAGUUCGGAGAAGUGUGGAUGGCGACCUACAACAAGCACACCAAGGUGGCGGUGAAGACCAUGAAGCCGGGCAGCAUGUCGGUGGCCGCCUUCCUGGCGGAGGCAGAGCUCAUGAAGACCCUGCAGCACAGCAAGCUGGUGAAGCUGCACGCCGUGGUCACCACGGAGGAGCCCAUCUACAUCAUCACCGAGUUCAUGGAGAAAGGGAGCUUGCUGGACUUCCUCAAGAGCGACGAGGGGCGCAAGCAGCCGCUCCCGAAGCUGAUCGACUUCUGCGCCCAGAUUGCAGAAGGAAUGGCUUUUAUUGAGAAGAGGAACUACAUCCACAGAGACUUGAGAGCUGCCAACAUUUUAGUCUCAGCAAUACUGGUGUGCAAGAUUGCAGACUUUGGACUGGCCAGAAUCAUUGAGGACAACGAGUACACGGCUAGGGAAGGUGCCAAGUUUCCUAUUAAAUGGACUGCCCCAGAAGCCAUCAACUAUGGAUCUUUCACUAUAAAAUCAGAUGUCUGGUCCUUUGGGAUCCUCCUAACCGAGAUCAUUACCUAUGGGCGCAUCCCAUACCCAGGGAUGUCAAGCGUGGAGGUGAUCAGGGCCCUGGAUCACGGGUACCGGAUGCCACGCACAGAGAACUGCCCAGAAGAGCUGUAUGACAUUAUGAUGAGAUGCUGGAAGACUAAACCAGAGGAUCGUCCUACCUUCGAGUACACCCAGAGCGUUUUGGAGGAUUUCUUUACUGCAACAGAGAGCCAGUAUCAGCACCAGCCAUAAUGCAGAGAGCUCGGUGAAAGCAGCAGAGACCUGUGCACUGCACAUACUGCGCUACUGACAGCACCCAUGCACACGCUGUUCUUACCUGUCCUAGUCCCAAUAUCCCCGUGCGUGCCUUCCUCAUCUUUCAGCCCAGAAACCAAAGACUUCCUGACAUGGCUUCAUUGGACCUGGGGGCAGAAUGAACCAAAGUCCUGGUCAGCCUCCCCAGGCUGUGUGACCAAUGGAUUAGCUGAGCGUCGUUAUUCCUUGUGCCUCCUGCGGAUGCAAGACUCCCAGGAAAGACCCGCUGCAGAAAGCACUCAGUGGAUGGUGUUUAACUAGGGCUGUAGCACAAUGCAAAGAAGGCCUGCAGUGUGCCUGCUUCAGAUAAGAAACGGGGGGGGAAAUAACUUUUUUUUUUUUUUGAUUCUUUAGAGAUCUUAUCAUGCCAAGUUUGCAGAAGUAGUUACGUCACUUCUGAUAUGCUGGCUGUAAUGGCAUUGCCUUCCAGUGAGCCUCUGCUGUACAGUCCCAUGCGCUGGUUGUUAACAGCCCCUCGCACUUGCAGAGAAGCUCUGCCUUAGUAAAACCCUGGCAGAUUUCCACCUAGGCAUACCCGCACUUCCGCAGCUCUUCUUGUCACUUGUCAUCGCCUCUGGAGCCUUUUUCGAAUGCCAAGUGUCACAGAAGCAUGCUUCUUUCAAAGCUGGACAGCGAGCACCUUGGGAUGCGGAUGGAUAUGGUGCUUUAUAACGUAAGUCAGCGGCCUGGCACCUCCCUCCCCCCGUCCGUGUUGGGACGAACUUCCCGAGCCAUUUCAGGGCGAGCACCAGAGCCCAUCGCACUCCGGCGUCCUCCACGGGCAGCGGGCCGAGCCCGUUCCCUCGCCGCCACCCAUCUCUGCUCAUCUGACUCACGGGUGUCAUGUAAUUUGUACUUUCAUUUGCAUUAUCAGCAAUGAACCAUGCAUUUCUUGCACACAGAUUUCAUGUUUUUUCUUUGUUUUUAGUAUUUAAUGAAGGGCUAUUUGGGGACAGGGGGAUAGAGGAAGUAAAUUUGUUUUUUAUAAGAUUGUCCUGUAUUUCUCACGAGUUUCUGAGACUGUGACUAUCUUUCCUCGUAUAAGGAGACAACCAUAGUAGCUUACAAGCUUUUAUUUUAGCUUGGAGAAGCUUCU